GUGAUCUUCUGUUCUUUGACGUUCACAGUGUUCGGACCCGCAGACAGGCAGCAGUGAAAGGAGCACUAUGGGCCGCCUGGACAGGAAAGUGAUUGUGUUGUCAGCUGCCGCACAGGGGAUUGGACGUGCUGCAGCAAUAGCAUUUGCGAAGGAGGGGGCCCAGGUAACAGCCACAGACAUCAAUGGAGAAAAGCUGAAGGAACUGGAUGGUAUUCCAGGGAUCAAGACCAAGGUGGUGGAUGUGACUAAGAAGGACCAAGUGGAAGCCCUGGCCAAGGAGCAUGACCAUGUAGAUGUGCUGUUCAAUGUAGCUGGGUUUGUGCACCAUGGCUCCAUCUUGGACUGUGAAGAGACUGACUGGGACUUCACAAUGAACGUGAACGUCCGGAGCAUGUAUCUCAUGUCCAAGGCUUUCCUGCCUAAGAUGCUGGCAAAGAAGUCAGGAAACAUUAUUAACAUGGCAUCUGUUGCAUCAAGCAUAAAAGGUGUUGUGAACCGGUGUGUCUAUAGUACUUCCAAGGCCGCAGUAAUUGGACUCACCAAAUCUAUAGCAGCUGAUUUCAUUGAGCAAGGCAUUCGCUGUAAUUGUGUUUGUCCUGGUACUGUUGAUACUCCAUCACUGAGAGGUAGGAUCCAGGCUCAACCUGACCCAGAACAGGCUUACAAGGAUUUCAUGGCAAGACAGAAAACUGGCAGAAUGUGUACAGCUGAGGAGGUGGCGUACCUGUGUGUAUACCUGGCCUCAGAUGAGUCAGCUUAUGUGACAGGGACGGAGCAAAUUAUCGAUGGAGGAUGGAGGCUCUGAAGCCUGUGACGAGCCCAUCGCGACAGAAGUGGAGACAGGUUUUUGAGACAAAUCCCUAAAACCCAAAUGAAGUGCGCAGAAUUUGAUUUUCAUUUUUUGAUUUUGCACAUUGUGUUUAUAGAUUUUGUGGGAGAAUGUUCCCAUUGUUCAACUUAAGUCUGUGCUGCAAAUGUGUUCAUGUAGUGCCAAAAUAGUGACAUACAGAGAAAUGCUGACAGACCUUGUGAUACACUGUCAACAUCACACAUGCAGUAUAACAGUUUAACAACCUUUCAAAUUCACAUAUUUUUUAAUACUGUACAAAGCAAUCUGUGUGAAUCUCAGUGUGAUUAAUAAUGAAAUCGAAACAUCGAUUAAAACGUCUUCAACAAUAAGCUUG